AUUUGAAAAAAAAAAAAAAUUAUAGCAAGUUAUUCUUGCCACUGCCUAAGUUCAAAUGGAUUGGACGUCUAUCAAUGUCAAUGGCAGCCCAUGAGUUGAAGUGAUAGUUUUGCUUCACAUUAUGCCUGGAAUAAUAAUAAUCUUAAAAUCCAGCCCGACAUCCUCUUAGAAAUGCGCUUGUCAUAUGAGGGACGCCUGUCUCACACACACACAUACACACACUGACAUUCAUCUGAAGCACACACAAUUCCCGCGCCGACCCCUCGGGCGUCCCUUCCGCUUGACGAGCACGGCCGCUUCCCCAAGAUGGACGGACAGGCCCGGAUUAGUUGUAAUCUGGGACACGGCAGAUUACGCUUUUCACGUGACUCGCAAACGAGACCUCCAGAACGGACGGGUGGAGAGAUGGAUACGCAGAGUGGAGGAGAAGGGUCACGCGAUGACACCGCCCAACUAGGAUGUCGGGAAGCGACGAGCGGAUAGAACCAAGUUCCAGAUGUGAAACAAGAACUGCUAGUCAGCAUGGAGGUGCUGGAGGAGUACUGCUCCCCGUUUGAUUUUGAGCGAGGCGUCGACACGAGCUACCUACACCUGGCGCCAGCCUUCUGUGAUACACCGCCUGGCUCUCCGGCGCCCCCUAGCCGAGGCCCGCAGCAGCAUCUGGACCCGGCGGCCGAAGUGGGUCAGGACGCGGCGCUGAUCAUCGGACCGCCGCCGCCAACUUCCGCCAUGACGGAGGAGGAACGACAGGAGCUGCAAGUGGAGUUGUUGAGGGUGGAAGACGAAAUCCAGACGCUGUCUCAGGUCCUUGCGGUGAAAGAGCGACAACUGGCCGACAUCAAGAGGAAGUUGGGGGUGACGCCGCUCAACGAGCUCAAGCAGAAUUUCACUAAAACCUGGCAGGAGGUCACUGCCUCCACGGCCUACAAGAGGACGUCGGAGACGCUUUCUCAAGCAGGAUCGGCGGCCACGGCGGCCUUCACCAACAUGAGCUCUGCCAUCAGCCGUAAGCUGGACGACGUCAGCAAGCGCUCAAUGCAGCACUCUGCUAGCAUGCCAGUCAUGAGGAACACCACUUCCUUCAAGUCAUUCGAGGAGAAAGUGGGCUCAUGGAAGAACAAGAUGAGCCCGUCGCAGAUGGACGCCGGCGAGCAGAUGACCGUACCCGACACGGAGCCUCAGCACCAGGACACACCCACCACUCUCGACGCACCCUUGCACUGACCCCUUGACCUUUGACCCUCCCCCCGUCAGCAUCUUGACUCGAUUAGAAGCUCGCGACAUUUUGACCCGGCUCUAUACGCGGCACGUGCCGACUACGCUCGGCUUGACCUCGCGCACGCCUAUUGUUACGCUAGUUUCAUGGUGUUAACAAUUUCAUUUUGUCAUUUUUUUGGGGGCCAAAACAGCUUUAUUUAUAGUCAUCUAACACACAUGCACACUCUUACACAUGGUGGAGACGGACAAAGUGAAUAUAUUUGAGAGGGCUGCUGCAUUACUAACACAGUUUAAACAAAAAAUGGAAAUGUUACACUGUACAAGCUGCAAAAUAAAACUCCUUAGUGCGCUUAAAGAUAUUUUUUUAAUAUAAUUCUCUCACUUUAGCAUUGAUUUUGUUGUUGAAAUAAAGAACUAUAUUAAACUGCUUAAGAGUUGUUGUUUUCAAAUUUACAACGUAAAAUGUAUUAAAUAUAUUCAGAGAAAUUGACUGAAGAUAUAUUCGGGUAAUAUAUGGCGGAAAACACUCGGGUGACUUGAAGUUCUGCUCGGUGACCCCCAAUUUGGCCAAAUUUUAACAUUGUCCGAUAUGCAUGUGUGAUACAUCAUUGGAAAGCUUAAAAUCUCUAUUUUCUGGGGGGAGGAAAAUUUUUGAACAGGAGGGCUUUUUUUUUUUUUAAUGCACCCGAGAGUAUAAUUAAAGACGCCACAAUUUUAACCAGAUAUUACUACGUACUUAUCUCUUUUCAAUCCAAAAACAUCAUGUAGCAUGUAACACCGAGUGUCAAGACACAACUGUGAAUGGUCACAGCCGGAUUUUGGGGGGAUUUUAUGGGUGAAACAUGGUAAUAUAACAAGGGUUACGAAGCAGAAAUCGCAGACAUCAAGGAAUGGUCGAGAUUUUCUAUUUCAUGUAUUUACCCUUUUAAAUGUUUUUAUUUUUCCAAUUUUUCUUUGGAUCGAUUAUUUAUCAUCUAACAUAUCGGGGAAAACGCGUCAGUAACAAAAAAAAUACAAUUAAGCGAUCGUUAUGAGCUAGAUAUCCGUGACUUAUAUCCGUGACUUAUUUACAGACACCAAUUUUUUUCAUUGUGACGUAAUUUGUUUAAAAGUUUAAAAUAUGCGAGUGAAUAAUUUUUUUAAAGUUUUUUUUUUUUUUAAUUGAUUAAUGAUUCUAAGCUAUUUUGAAUAAUAAAUAUACUUUUUUUAUGGCUGGGUUGAAACAAAAGCGGUUCCGCGACGUCUGUAAACGGGGGUUUUCAGGAUAAAACGGACAAAAAUAGUUUGGGGGCUUAAUGCACCAUGAAUCUGCUAUGGCAGCAUAUAGACAUAUUGUUCGAUCAAACACAACAGUUCUUUUGGCUUAUUGUAAAGAGGGUGCAAGAGCAGGAACUGCUUUUUCAGCAUUGUCUGUUUUCCGCCAUAUACAUCCAUUAUUACAAUUUGUGAGCCUAACCUGCAGUUUACAAUUUGUGAGCCUAACAUGUAAACCUGCAGCAGAUCCCAGUUUGACCACCAGAUGGAGACAAACAAGCGUAGCUUUCAAAAGAAAACAGCUGAGGAAAUUUGGUGCAAAGCUGCGCAGUUACAUACUUCGAUAAGUAAUUUUAAAUAUUCUAAAUUUGAUGUUACUGCGGAAUUAUUGUCUGAAAAGUGCAGUAAUAAAAGUGGAAUUGCUCAUUUCAAUGACAACUUUGGCUUGGUUUAUUUCCUGGUGAAACUGAUUACGGUAUUAUUAACACA